CAAGAGUAAAAAAGAGUAAUACCUCGCGCCAAAGAGAAAGGGGAUACUUACGACAUUUCAACGAAACCGUGAAUCCCGCCUUCAUUGCUUUUAGCGGCUUGUGAUGACAAAAUGCCUCCACGGAGGCAAUGGAUUAAUAAAAAGUCUGCCACCACCUAUCAGCUUUUCCACAGGUCGCAAAAUGACCCUUUAAUACACGACCCAGACGCGGACGAUAGAGUCCUUCACAAGGUAUCCAGUACUCCAACAACGGAAUCAUCUUUGAAACCUUCAAGAGCUUCCAAGGUACUGUCGGAACUCGAGAAGGAAUUUGCAGGCUCCCAGAUACGCAAGAAUGAAGGUGAAGCGGCGAACUAUGGGAUAUAUUACGAUGAUUCCCAAUAUGAUUAUAUGCAGCAUUUGCGGGACUUGGGCGGUGAUGGGAGUGGACAGUCAUAUUUUGUUGAAGCGACGCCGGUGAAGGGGAAAGGGAAGAUCAAAGGCAUGAGGCUUGAGGAGGCAUUGAAGGAAACUUCGCUUGAUGAUGUAGAGGAUCUUGCGUCGGUUCGCCAUCACGAUGCGCUUUCCACGGCUUCAGCAUAUUCUCGGAAACAAACAUAUCAAGACCAACAAGAUGUCCCAGAUGCCAUUGCUGGAUUUCAACCAGAUAUGGAUCCUCGACUAAGAGAAGCCCUGGAGGCCCUUGAAGACGAUGCAUUUGUUGAUAGUGACGAAGAUGGUGACUUGUUUGAGUCUCUGGUGCAAGGUGGGAUAGAUGCUGAAGUAGAUCCAAGUGAAUGGAGGGAUACCCAUAUUGAAGAUGACGACGAAGGCUGGGAAUCAGACGCAACGGAAAAGGCACCAAAGCAACCAAGUGUAAGCACCAAAGCUGCUACACCAUCCACGAAAGGACCUGUAGACGAUGAGCACAUCCCAGACACAGCUGCCGCAGAGGGAGACUGGCUUCGAAAUUUCGCCCAGUACAAGAAAGAUAUGAAAUCCAAGCCCUCCGCACCCUCUACACAGGGAGAAACCGUCUCCGUGUUACAUGCUGGAACCGUGGCAUCUACAAUGUUCACCGCUGGCGGGACCCCCGUCCGCAGAAAAAAACGUAAGGGGGCACUCACCAACCCCUCUGCGUACUCGAUGACCUCAUCAUCUCUCGCGCGAACUGAGGGCCAUCGUCUUCUCGACGACAGGUUCGAGAGAAUUGAAGCGCUCUAUGCGGUCGAUGAACAAGGCGAGGACUACGAUGGCUCUAGCAUGGCUGAUGACAUGUCUGUGGUUAGUGGGAUGUCAACGGUCUCUGAAAUACCAAGUCUGGUUAGCGGUGGGACACCGCUUCGGUCAGACUUCAAUCAGAUUAUGGAUGGGUUCUUGGAUGGGUGGGAUGAUCGUGGAGUGCAUGCUAAAAGGAAGGGGCCGAAGGGGAAGAGGGGAAAGAAUGGAAAUGAGGUCGUCGGAAUUCGGAUGCUCGACGAGAUUCGACAGGGUCUGGGACCGGCGAGAUUACCUGGGAAAGUAUAGGGGAAUCCCCUUAUGAUUUUGGUUGUCAUUUCUUGACUCAAGCUAAUGACUGCAUGUUCGGAUCAUGUUUAAGGCGUUUUGUCUUCUAAUCGGUGCAUACAUUCGGCCGUUGAGGAUAUUUUAUAAAUAAUAUUCAGCAAAUUGGCAUAGAUAAAAUGGGUCAAGCAGGCGUCCCGAGGAAUGGAAAAAGUUCGGGCGAACAAUUAUUGGCUUUAAUAAACCAAACCAUAUUUUAUAUUUGGUCCUUCAAUGUCUAUAAUAACAUAAUAACGCCUUCAAAGGAUUUCGUACUGUACAGUUGUACAAUGCUCGCGAGAUGAAGUCCAUAUUGUCUAUAUUAAUCUACAAUGCCCCUCCAACCUUUUCCACAAUCCACAUAGCUAAUCGUACAUUCCAUCCAACCCUCCUCUCAACCUUUCUCAGAUCGUCCCUGGACAAGGCAGUGGCGUCCUUCUGUAACCACUCUGUCUCCUCUGACAAUCUCCGUGUCAGAGAUUCGUCGGACGUCACUACGACCGCUCCGACCUCCAAAUCAAGACUGUAACUUCUCUUUGUAUAGUUGCUGCUCCCUACGAAAGUGAUGUUCGGGUGUUUGUUAUCGGGAAGAGUUAUCCAGAGACCUUUGGCAUGAUAGGUCCAUCCUCCUGGUUGUCCGACGGUGCCGCGUCGCCAUUCCUUCAGUUGAAUUGAGUUAGUUUUUUGAGCUUCUGCAACACGAUCCAGAAAUCGUGCCGACAGAUGGGUGUAUGCUGCUGGCAGCAUUCCUGAUACACCAGCAGAGCCGUAAAAUCCAUUCGCCCAGGGUGAAGCGGUUACGACAGUGCCUUGAGUUCUAGAUAUGGCCGUUGCUCCUGAAGAUGUACUGGAUAUCAAGAGGGACGAUAGGACAGGGUGAAUGUUGAAGUAACCUGCUGUAAAAAGCCAGCUGGAGUUUGCUAAGGAAGGUGAGCUGGAAAGGAGGCUGAGGAUUGUUGUCACCGCAGGGUAUUCGGUGGAUUCAUCAGGUUUUAAUAGUGGACUGAACUGCGCCACCGGAUAGACAAAUGUGGGCUUAGAUGACGCCGGCGGUGGUAGAGGGCUAGAUUUCGAUGGUUUUAUU